CGUUAGGUUGAUUUUUUUAAUAAUCAAAGGAUUUAAGUUGAAGUUAAGAAGUGCUUCUUCAAAACUGUUGAACGAAAAUAAAACAUCGUAACCAAAGAAGCAUCUUAUGAGCUCUAAAAAGGCACCCAUGAGCGCUGCUCUCAGUUAGCGCAAAGAAGAUAACUUUGGCACAACAGUCGGAAAAUUCAGUCUUCGUAACGACGUUUUCCCAAACGGAUGGAGAGUGAAUAGUAUCGCCGUGGUCAAAAUAUGGCACCAGUUGUCGGCGUAAGAAAACUCAGCAGAGUACUUGGCUGUUACCGCAUCGAAAAAUCUCACCAACCAAAUCGGGAUGGACGGAAGACUUGUCUCUAGUGCUCUAGAUGUGCGCAUCUUCUGAGGAUAUAACAGCGAGUAUGCCCAUCAACCAAAACUAGGACAGUUCAACAUGGAAAAUCUGCAAUCACAGCAGACAAACAGCCAAUUCUCUGCAAGACUUGCACUCCUGCUUUCGGAAGCCUACAAUAACUCGAUAUAAGGGAUAUAUGGAACUGGCUAUCCAGAUUUAAACCUAGCAUGCAUACGAGUACAAAAAAAAAUUAGUUUUCGACAAUGUCGGGACGUUGAGAAACUACGAACUGCAGUGGAGCGAAAACACGUCGUCUUACAGAAGGUUUCAACACCAAUGGUGAAUUUAGUAGGAAACAAGUAGAGAGAAACAACAACACCCAGAUAUUGUUAACCCGAAUCUCCAAUUGGUGAUGAUGGAAAAGGCAUUCCAAUACGUUUGGAGAAUACUAAAACAGCAUGUAUUAGCUUUUUUUACACAAAAUGGUCAACUGUAAGCAUGUCCGUCAUUCGGAACCUCAGUAUGCUCUUCUCAAGCCAUAAGAAAGGAACCUAGCAGUCUGCGUCAAGCAUUGUGGAAUGAGUUCUAUCGAAAUAGAGUUGAGACUCACGGAGUUGGUCAGUACCAAAGAAGAUUUCAGACACUUUUACUCUCCAUCGUGUGUCUUCAACUUAACGCUGGAGAUGCUCUUUUCUCUAUGGCUUCAAAAACUGUGUUCUAAAGGUUUUGUGAGCAGUAAAAAGUAAAAAAAAGUCGGAAGACUGAGAAGAGACAUAUUGCAGAGUCGAACGCUUUAAAGCGCAUAACGGUAUUAGCCUGUAACUCAAGGCUGCCAUUACUACACGCAUUCCUUCGAAGCCUGGGAAAGUUCACAAACAAAAGACGACGACAGGAAGCCAACAUUUACAUUGUUGAACAGAAACAAAUAAAUCUUCAACUUUUCAAUAGUGCUCAUUUACUACUCUUUUGUCCAUGUCAGCCGCAUGCCUGGCAGUUAUAAUCACAUUGGUAUUAAGUGCUAAUUUUUGUAAUAAUUAUCCAUAACACUGGCCACUAUUUUAUUUGCAUACAAAAAUUUACGACAUUAAGCCGCUGACAAAGAAAAUCCAAUCGCUCGCUCGUUCGCUCGUUCGGUAGCUAACGGAUUAGAAACGAAAAAACACUGCAGGAAAAUGCAAAUGAUAUUGCUGGCCGACAAUAGCCGCGCUUCUAUGUCAGCGGCGGCAACAGUUUACCACGACCUGUCUCCUCCGGUUGGUCUAAGCUUUUUGCACUCUUCGUGCUUAUGAUAUAAUAGCCGAUUGCGGUUGAGAACUCGUUAGACUACUUGUGCAGCACGCUAUGCACAGCGUCCGAGCGAUUCGAAGUGUUGCAGGCCAACCUUUUGCUAAAAAUCGCCACAGCGCUUGCGCACAGUUCUUUGUUGCACGCGGCAACGAACGGUUGUAAGUGGCGACAAACGCAAACACUGAAAAAGUUUGAAAAUACCGCGCGUGAAUCCACAAACAGCAGUUACCUGUGGAGCAGUGAAUUGUCUUUGAAACCACGUCAGGCGUGCUUUUGAUUCGAAUACCGUAAGCUAAGUAUUUUGCAUAGCGCCGAACACUAUGUUACGCGCGCUCAUCCUGCUUGGCCUGGCGCUGCUUGCGCCUUGCUGUUGCAGUGCACAAGAGUUAAGUGUCGCUGCGAAUACAGAUAUCGCGUUGCAAGCGCGUGAUCGUCGCAGCAUUGAUGUUGGUUGGCUGCUGCGAAAUCUACUUUUGAAUAGCGCCACUGCGAGCGAUUUGAAGGCGAAUGUGACGCGUAAUAUUGUUGCGGCUAAACGUCCACCACCAUCGCCGCCACCCACUACUAGACGACCACGAACUACACGUCCGCCUACAACGCAAGCGCCACCACCACCGCCACCGCCUCCAUUUAAUCCAUUCUUCGACAAGCUGGCUUUAUUUGCUAGUUCGUCCAAUUUGUGGAAACCUACACCGAGACCCACAACCACGACUGCAGAGCCUCCGACAGAACCACCACCAUCACCGCCGCCGACACGUCGUCCCCGGCCGCGUCCGCGUCCACGCCCACGCCCUAAGCCAUACCCUCCAACAUAUGGUUUUAGUAGGCCGCCAUAUGGUAUUGAUUUUGAGUAUUUCUAUCCCUCUGCAGACGAUGGUUCGCUUGGUGGCGCUGGUGGUUCACGGCCAGAUCCUGCAGAUUAUGAUUAUGAUGAUGUGCCUGUUGCGCAAUCUGCGCCAUCGCCAUCACCAUCGCCAUCACCACCGCCACCACGACCACCACAAUCUCCGCCGUCAGCUCCACCACGCAAGUCAGCGCGCAAUCGCCAGCGCCCAACGCCGGCACCAACACAAUCAGCGCCACCACCACCACCAGUACGACGUCGACCAGUUACAUCGGCACCAGCAACCGCUCCAGCGCCGUCAGCACCACAACCACAGCGCGAUCGAUUGCUGUACCAGUACGCACAACGAGAUGAUACCUCAUCCAAUGAUAACAACGAUGAUGCCAACCUACAACCCGAAUUCACACCCGAAGCAGAUGCACAACCAUUAGUAGACGAUAGCAGCAGUGUUGCGGAGGAUGAUGGCGCUGGGCAGGGCGGUGUAGCUCCCGAGGGUGACGAUAACGAAAUUCCUACAGAUGGUGAUGCUGGUUUUCCGCCCGAAUUGCUAACGUCUCGCCUGCCUGCAUUCGGCCGUAGUACUUACCCGAAGUCAUCAUUCUCAUCCACCUCGCCUUUCGGCUCAUCGCCCCACUAUGAUACCAUAUCUUCAUCUGGAAAUCCGUACAGUUCAUUUAACGCUGCUUCUCAUGGGGUUGGUUCUGACUUCGGCAGUUCUUCGUACGGCUUUAGUCGUGCUAGUCCUGCUAAAGGUAACUAUCAGUUCCGUGACGCUUUCUCCGACUUCCAUACCACCUAUGACGGAGACCAUUUUCCAAGCGACUUCAGCGCGUAUAAAUCAUAUACAUAAAUAGUUUUUAAGUUUGAAUUUGUUUUUUUUUUAAUGCGUGUUAACUUUUUUGGCUUAUUUUCGAGAUUUUUGAAAAUUAUGUGAAUUGCACACGAUUUCAGAUAUUGUGAAUUUAUUAUAUUGUACAUACAUAUCUAUGCAUUUUUUGUAAAUAAUUUAAUUUAAGCAACGAUAAAGGCCAAAAGGUGUUGAAAUAAAGUUGUUUCUAAUAAAUUUAUGCAAUACGAAAGUGAAAUUUAGGAAA